UAGUUCUGCCCGGAUUCUAUGAUGUGCGGACGUGUAUUAUUAUUUCGUAAUUUUUAGUUUGAAAAUGUAAACAAAGAGUUGUUAGUGAAAACAUUAGUCGAUAUGGCGAUAUUUACGCUUAGCGGUUGUGUGAGAGCAUUUUAUGUGUUGUGUUUAGUGUACCAAAGUGCUGCGUCCGAAGAUUUAUUCAAUCAUUUACAAACUGAAGCGAGUCAUCAUAGUGUGCACUGCACCCAUGAACACCCCAAAGCUGACCAAGUAAUAAGGGGUGUUCACAUAGAGCCAGCGCACGUGGUUAAGAAAAGAAGUAUAGACCAACCGUUAAGAAUUAGUAUAUUUUAUGACCAUUCUGUAUAUAGGUUAGAACCAAAGAAAUUUGAAAUGAUUAACAACACGAUCCUGCCGGAAGCAGUCAGGUUCUGGGAGGAAGCCCUUAAAGUUAGGAAAACUGGGGGACCAAUAUUGCUUAAUAGGAAAUGUCCUACGCGCCAGGUUUUUAUCCGCGGCGGGAGGUCACACUGCAUAGACACGUGUAGUGCAGACACCAUGUGCGGAGAAGUCAAAGUGCCGGAGCAUCAUCUUAAUCCAUGUUACGUGUGCAACAGUACGGGACACGACUGCAGAGUUUUGCCCCGGGAGAAGGAUAUCCUGGAUGAGGAGAUAAAACCUAGUGAGGUAUCCAGGAACACGCUCGUGGAGGGAUUUCAGGGACCAGUGAUUGAGAAUGGAGAAGAAGAGAGUCAAGAAGAGAUCCUAGGAGUAGAGAACACAGACUUCGUGUUGUACGUGAGUGCAGUGGAGACAGAGAGAUGUCGUCGUGGGCUCACGGUUGCGUACGCGUCGCAUUGCCAGCAAGAAGCCGCUUUAGAUAGACCAGUUGCUGGACAUGCGAAUUUCUGCCCCGGCGAGCUGUCCACCAAAUAUCGAGACAUGCCGUCCGUACUGUCUACAGUAAAGCAUGAAAUGCUACACGCGCUUGGGUUCAGCGUUUCACUGUUCGGAUUCUACAGAGAUGAAAACGGUGAUCCAUUAACUCCACGGAGACCUGACACCGGCAAUCCGCCCUUAGACGAAGAGCUUCAGAUACACAAAUGGUCGGACCGUGUGGUCAAGAACAUAACGAGAAAAAAAUGGAUGAUCAGAGGGGGUUAUAUGGAGAGGACUUUCCAUAUGAUUGUUACUCCGAGAGUGGUCAAAGAGGUAAGAGAUCACUUCAACUGCUCGGAGUUAGAGGGUGCUGAGUUAGAAGACCAGGGUGGUGACGGCACCGCUUUGACACAUUGGGAGAAGCGGGUUUUUGAGAACGAGGCAAUGACGGGUACGCACACCCAAAACUCGGUGUUCAGUCGAAUAUCCUUCGCAAUGAUGGAGGAUACAGGCUGGUACAGAGCUGACUACAGCCACGCAACGCCGUUGGAUUGGGGCCGCGGUCUUGGCUGCAACUUUGCUAUGACGUCAUGCAAGCAAUGGCUCAACGCGCAAAGGUUGAGCGAAAUGGAUAACGCUACCACAGACGAUUCCAACCGGACUAUUGAAGAAGAGCCGAAGAAGAAUCCCGCGCCGUUCUGUGAACGCAUCAAGGGUGAUCCGCUACGCACGGAAUGCUCCCCUCGUCGUAACGCCGUUGUCCUGUGCAACCUAGUUCGUCACGACACUAUAUUGCCGAGACAGUAUCAGCAUUUCGACAUUUUACCCAACGUGCCACCCGGCGAAGAAGCGAUGUACGGCGGAUCGGUUUCCCUGGCUGACUUCUGCCCCUACCUCCAGGAGUUCACGUGGCGACACAAGAACGUACUCAUCAGAGGCAGUAGGUGUUCUUACGAAGAGAACACGCCGAACAGCGAAGUAAACUUUGCACUGGAAAACUACGGUACACACUCCAAAUGUUUCGACCACAGCGAUCGGGUUUGGGAACAGAAAUCUUGUAGACAGAUUCGAGAAUGGCAACACUGGGGAUCGGGGUGUUACAAGUAUAAAUGUGAAAGCGGACGAAUACGUGUUGUGGUGGGCAAUUACACGUAUACGUGUUACUUCGCGGGGCAAAUCCUACACGUUAGGAUAAUUCAAAAUGGCUGGCUCCACCGAGGGGGCGUAGUUUGCCCGCCCUGCAGAGAAAUGUGCGGCACUGAAUUCACUUCCCGAGGUGAAUAUUGCAAGGGCGGCGAAGAAGCACCUCCGCCAAAUUUGUAUCCGAACGACGUUUUAGCGUGCAAAGCUGUCCAAACGACCACCGCUACUGCCAUUUUGUUUAUGACCGCCGUCUUGUUUACGUUCGCCAACUGUCUGUGAUGGCGGGAAAUCUGACAUUGGGUUUUAUCUGUGAAACUAUUGAAAAUUGAAACGGACGACAAAAAACUGUUUUUCUUUUAUUAAGAGCAAAAGGAGACGGUUCGAAAUAGAGUGAAGCGAUUUAUUUUAAAAUAAUAUUGAUUGUUUCACGUUGUAAUGAAAUGGUCAAAAUUUAUUAUUGCUUAACUUACCUUGCAGCUCUGAGUUCUAGCCAAUUUAAGUCUAUUUAUUAUCUCUUAGAAGUCUUCGCCUAGCUAACUAUUACGAACAAUUGAAAUUACUAAAAUUUUCUGGACAAAAAAUCUCUUUUACUUUAUUAUUGAGCAGAAAUUUAAUAGUUUACCCAUCAAUAGUGUUAUAUGCAACACAGACAUAAAUUGACGGAUUUCUAGUUCUUGACAUUUUCCGUCAAAUGUCAUGUAGUUCAGAAAUUGAAUUUGACGGAUCAACUGACGUUAUAAUGUAAACAUGAAAUUGCAUUUUAUAAUUAGCAUGAUUUUAGCAGGUUAUUUAAUAUGAUUUAGUAAAACUAAAGAUUUUAAACUAAGAUUUUCGUGGUUAAUCAAUAUUUCUUAAAAGUUGUUAAACGGUUACAUGCUAUGAUAAUAUUUCGAUAUUUGUUGAUAUUAUUGAGGACGGAACUCCAGGUAAUAUCAAAAUAUGGGUGGUAUGUACCCAUUUUACUAUUUUUAAGACAUGAAAUACUAACUUAUUUUAUUUUUUAGAAUAAUCUUAGAAUUUUUCUACUACAUUUUUUACCAUGAUCGUACCAAAAAUGGACAGUCUCCUCUUUAGGCUUACUCCCGACAGUGGCGAGCCAAAGAGUACAGAGACUAAGCCCGCAUCAAUGUAAUAAUAGAAUAGGUCAUGCGAACAAAUAUUUCGCACUUAAUCGGGCUAUAUAUAAACCAGCGCCAUCUCUUAGAAUACUUAUGAACUAUUACGGACCACGUUUACACUAAACUAUUUUUUUCCUUACUUGUCUCAUAAUAAUAUU